AUUUCUUGGUCAAACCAAUCGUAAUCUUCAAUGACAACUCUACUAUUUGAAAACAUUUGAAUCCUGGUUCAUCAGACGAGUACGCUAAGGAUGCAAUUGAACGUUAUUGAUGGAUCUGCUAAAUUAUUCACUUCUCAAAGGAGAACGCCAUCGAGGUACAAUUUAACCAAAUUAGCAUCGGAUAAUUUCUUCUUAAAGUCACUUUCAUUCAAGACAUUACCUGGAUCAAUAAUUAUUAGAAGGAUUGUUAUUGUUUUCACCUUUGCUGGAAAUGUUUUUAAUCUCUAUCUUCGCUCAAGUAUGCUGUUUACAUUGAAUGAUAUCAAAUUCAAGCAAGUUUUCGACAUUUUUGAACAAUCAAUUUUCUGCCUUUGCUUCAUUUUCAUCAGCUCUGGACCUUUUCACAUCAACUUGGACAAUUUUUAUGAAAAUUUUGACUCCAUUUGGAGAAGGAUUAUAAUUGCUCAAGGAACCGUUUGUGAAACAUUCAUUUUAAGUGAAACCAAAAGAAUUAAUCGAGAAUUGAUUGUUAUGCUGUUAUUGGGAACAACCAUGUUGCUAGGAUUUGCAUUGCUCGGUAUUUUUGGUAAAGAUGAACUCUGGCAAGCUUCGAUCACUUUUUUUGCAUUAGCUUACACACUUUACCUCAACAUUGGUUAUAUUUAUAUUUUAAGACUAUCAGUUGGCUUGAUUAAAGCUGGUUUUCAAUCCAUUGAGAGUCGAUUAGAGACCUGUUCAGUCACGUUGGCCAAUCUGGGACACGUACGGUUAUGUCGACAAAGUCAUAAUCAAAUUAUUCAAUUGAUCGAUCUUCUUCAAACUACAUUUAAGCACGUCUUCUCAGCUUUUAUAUGUUUUUUUGUUCCUCAAUUUGUCUUCGGGUUCUACCAAUUAGCUGUAUCUUCACAAACCAUUUUGAUCAAUGUAGUCACUAUUGGUUGGAAUUCUGUUAAUUUUUAUUUCGUACUUAUUUUAGCCGAGGGAUUGAUUCUUCUCAAUACUCUUCCCCAAUCAUAUUAUUUGGCUCUUUAUCUAACAUCUUUUGGGGAUAUCAGUGGCUUGGUUAAAAUUGAGAUCAAUCACUAUCUCAAUUAUGUUGCCAGCAAGGAUGUCGGAUUCAGAUUGUGGGGAAAUUUUCUAGUCAAUAACGAGUUAAUACCCAAAUUAUGUGCAGUUGUAUUCAGUUAUUUAACAGCAGGAGUUAGUUUCUUACAAUGAUUUGAUUUCCACCAAAAAUAUGUCGAUGCCAUUGAAAUGAAACGCAUUUUAGAGACACUUAAUCAUAAAAAUUUGAUAAAUGGUUGAUUGUUGAGUCACGACAACUGCUGAUGGGUGUGAAUCAUCUAAUAAUUACAGUUGGCUCACAAGCCAUAAACACCGAUUCAAUUUUUAAUCACAAUCGAGUAUUGGCUUGCAAUAACAAAUUGAUUCCAUUGUUGAGAUUGUUUCAAACAUUAAUUCUUGAAAAUCUUCGUCUUCAAUGAAAAUAUUGAAUCGAUAAAUUGUGUUUUUUUCAUUUAUAUAAAGCAUAGAAUGAAUUUAGAUGUUCAAAUAAUGAACUCAAUUCUUCUUCCUGUAAAUUUUUCUUUUUGAAUCAUUAUUUUGUUCAUUAAAGCAAAUCAAUAAUAUGUAUUAGACUGACUCCCAUGUAACAAAUUCAAAAUAUGCUAUUUGUAUAUGUAUCUCUAUGCUUUAUCUGAUGAUUGACCAAAACAAUUUUCUCAACAUGUACAUUGACAUGAAAUAAAACAAGAUUUAAACUGAAAUUGAAA